GGACAGAUCAACAAAGCUUGCUGGAGUGUCGGACAGAGACAUCCGAUGGGCGGCCGAGAGGCUCUACGCGCUCUGGUCUGGCGUUCUCGCUGCUCCUACUGGACGCUGCAGCGGUUCCUCCCCGCAUGGCUAGUGUCCGCUUGGAUCAUCGCUGAUACCUGUCUGCUGGUCUAUCAGAUCGACAAAGCACAUGGGUCACAAUACAACCUGUUGUUCGCUCGUUAUGCAUACGUGCUCCCGGCUACUGUUCGAUUUGUACUGUGGCAACGGAAUCAUGACACACCUGCAUUAGUCUUGCACCAAUGGCUGGCGGACUACGUUAUUCGAGGAUGGGCACUCUCAUCCUUGAAUAUUUGCACUGUGAUGGACCCUCGUGGAAUGAGGAAUGUCGCGAUUCCCGAUACGCUGCAACGAUACGCCACACACCGAUGAAUCUCGUCGACUACUUGGCUCGAACUCAUUCUGUUCAGCCCGAAAGGCGCAGCAGCGGGGGAGUGACAUCCGGAUGGCUCUCGCGCCUCUACCGCGCCCUACUAUCCGCAUCUCGGCGCUUGCUUCUAGAUCUUCG